AUGUUUGCGGACGAAUCGCAGGAACUUCUGGCCACAAGUGAUAAGCCUUUGGUGAAGCUGUGGCGAUCGGUCUCUUCAAAUUUCCCUGUUCUCACACAUGCGCGCUACUUCCAUCGCAUCAUCGCUGUUUGUUUUCUUCCAGACCUUUCCCAAGCCGUAAAGAUCACGGAGAUGAGAGUCCCAAAAUACGCCGUAAAAGAUCUGUCCGUGCGCCUCGAGUGCCUUUAUGAUAUGGAGGGCGAGGCACUGUACGCCGUCAAGUGGUACAAGGACGGCCACGAAUUCUACCGUUUCGUCCCCCGGGACGAUCCGCCCACACAAAUCUUCCCGCUGCAUGGUCUCAUCGUGAAUGCACACGACUCCACCGACAGCCAAGUGACACUAGAAUCCAUCAAACGUGCCGCUGGUGGAAAAUACCGGUGCGAGGUAUCGGCUGAGGCGCCGUCCUUCCAAACGGUAGCCCACGACGCGGAUAUGAUAGUAGCUGCCCUUCCAGAGGAGGAUCCGGUGAUAUCCGGAGGCAAGCCUCGGUACCAGCUCGGGGAACAUGUGCGCGUCAACUGUACAUCCGGCAGGGCGAAACCGGCCGCUCAGCUUACGUGGUACAUCAACAGUGAACUGGCCGAUCAUACCUACGUCCGCCAGUAUCCGACUAUAGUGUCCUUUACCACGGAUCACCUGGAGACGUCCAUUCUGGGGCUCGAGUUCCGCGUCAAACCUAAACACUUCCGUCAUGGCGAUAUGAAGCUGAAGUGUCUCGCCACCAUCGAGAACGUGUACUGGAAGAGCAACGAGGAAAGCGUAGAGAGUGACAAACCUCAAAAGGCUCCUAUCCUGGAAUCCCGCAAAUCAGGACUCUCGUCCACAACUCGUGCUGAUCGAGUUCACGCUGAAAACGAAAGCACACCAGUGUUUUCAAUCCGUAUAAGUCUGUUGUUGAUGGUUUUACUCAGCCCUUUGCUCCACAUAGCUGCUAUCUCGGUCCUGUCUCGUCUUUUAAAGAAACCGGGAAUACAGGAAGAUUCUCAUUUGGUCGAUUUCAGCCGACCCAAUGCAAAGGGUCUUAAAUGA